AUGCACAAGAUAUCAAACUUCACCGGCUCGGCUCGCCAUGGCUGGGAAACGAUGAAGCCGUCGGCCGGCUUUCCCUUCUCGCGCUCCAACCACGACAUGCCCGUCCCAGCGCCCAUCAAGCGCCCCACGACGGCCACGUCGGCGCCGCCGACCAUUCCGCCCGGCACCCAGGUCAACCUGUCCUUCAACGUGCCCUUUUCGUCCAACCUCGUCGGCCCGGACCCCGACGACAUCAUGUGGGCGAGCCCGGGGGCCAUGGCGCGCUGGACGCACCCGGAAGCCACGGCCGACAACACGCCCACCCACAAGCUGCCCGUCCACGCCCAGAACGUCGACAACCUGCGCAACCUGUGCCGCGACGUGAGCGAGCAGACCGAGGGACGCGUCUCGGCCACGGUCGUCUCGGCCGAGUCCAAGCCGCUGCCCGGCCUGCAACGGGGCCCGCUGCGCGCCCUCGUCACCAACGUGUGUCUGGCGGGCGAGCUCGAGAUUGUGCACUCGAUGCGCUGCAAGAUCCUCAACUCGACGCCCAUCUCGCUGCGCUCGUCGUUUGUCGACAUCGACCACAAGCUCAUCUUCGACCAGGCCUCGCAGACGGUCAAGGGCGCCGUCCUCAACCAGCUCGACCUCAUCGCCAAGACGACAAAGGCCGACAUCUUCCUGCUGACCCCCAAGCAGCCCGACAUCGAGUCUGCGAGCUUCAACGGCAACGUCGACACCAUGGACCCGCGUCUGCGCUGCGCCAUCUUUGGCGACCUCGAGACCAUGGAGCACGCCAAGACACGCGUCUUGAUCAUGAUUGACCAGAUUCUUAAGCGAUAUGUGGACACAAUGAAGCUCGAGCUAACCAUGCACACGCUGAUCUGUGGACGUGGGCGCAAGAACAUCAAGAUGAUCGAGUCUGCCACAGGGACCGCAAUCUACUUCCCACCGCCGUUCCCCCGGCUCUUUGGGUACACGCCCCCAGGUGCUCAGCGUAGACCAGAUGACUUGAUCUACAUCACAGGAGAGAACUCGGAGUGCAUUCUGCGCGCCAAGCAGCGCCUCCACGACCUGGUCAUGUCGACCAAGGUCUUCGUGAAGCCAGUCAUGGUGACUGACACCAAGCUCGAUGCCAUCCUGCUUGAACGUCUCGACAAGGUGCGCAAGAUCAUCGAGACCAAUGGCUCGUACAUCCUGCUGCCACCUCUGGGCGUCCAGCGUGGUGUUGUCCGAGUCCAGGGCACGGAUGUCUUGCAUGUCGAGCGCACCGUGCGCGAACUGAUGUCUCUCGCUGGCCAAUUCUACAGUGCCUCAUGGUUCAUCACGCACCCUGAUCCCACACAGCGUCCGCCCACUGCUGCUGACGUUCGCGCCAUGCUUUCUGACAUCUGCAUCAACUCUGGUGCUGAAGUCAGUUUCGAGAAACUCAACUUCCACAUCUACGGGUCCGAUGAUGCUGUUAGAGCUGCUUUGAUGGUCAUUAGUAACAUUCCGUUUGUGAAGAAAUCUCAGUACAACAUGAGCGUCAAGAUCGAGCUUGCCAACGAACACAAAGAGUUUGUUAGCGGUAAGAAGAAUGGCAAGAUCAACAAGAUCAUGAGCCACAGCAGCGUGCAGAUCGUCUUUGAUGGCUUCAACGAGUACAACUUCUACAUUGUAGUCCGUGGUGCCCAGUAUGAGGCCACCAAGAAUGGUCUAGACCUUGUCGAGCAAGAGAUGCCUGCUGCUAUCUCCUUCCAUGUCCCCGACCAGUAUCACAAACGCAUCAUUGGUAUUGGCGGUCAGCACAUCCAACGCAUCAUGAAGAAGUACUCUGUCUUUGUCAAGUUCUCCAACGCCAUGGAUCGUGGUGGGUUCGGCAAGGAAGAGGAUGACAUCAAGGUUGACAAUGUCAUCUGCCGCACACCUGCUCGCAACGCUCAGAACCUCGAUCUGGUGAAGCAGGAGAUCAUGGAUAUGGUCGAGAAAGCCGACGCAGAGUUCGUCUCCGAGACCAUCAACAUCAACCGUCUCUACCAUCGUGAGCUCAUUGCGCGCCUAGACAAGAUUGACGAGUUGGAGAAGAAGUUCAACUGCAAGAUCACCUUCCCCAGCACCGAGGAAGCGAGUGACAUCGUUACCGUCUCUGGCCCUGAGUACCAGGUGCCAUUGGCUGUUGACGAGUUUUUGGGUAUGGUACCAGAGACUCACGACAUCGGUUUUGAGUCCUCCGCUGAGCUCAGUGAGCACAUUCGCUCUUCCGAGUUCAAGGCUGAUAUCCUCGACAAACUCAGGACUCAGCACGUCGUCGAUGCUCAGUUUAUGGAGCCGCAGACUGAGACGAUUGAAGGCAAGGAGCAGAAGAUUGAGACCAUCCAUCUUGGGUUCACCAGGAAUAACGCUGGUGGGCUGAAGGAUGCUACGGAUUUCCUGAUCAACCAUCUCGUCAUGCAUGGCCUGGACACGAACACUAUCCGUGGUGCUCUUCCUCGUCCCAAGUCUGACUCUUUCGAAGACUCGUUGCCCUUCUUCGAGUCCAAGCUCCUUCAACGAGCCGAACCUGCUGUUGAGAGCACCGACUCGCCAACUCGCUCCCACUUUGGCGAUGAUGAGCGCCCUGGUAUGCUUGAUAGACUUCGCAAGCCAGGCAGCAUGUCGUCGUUCACAUCCAUCUUUGCGGGACGCAAGAACACCAACUCACCUGGAUCGCUCUUCAAGCAUGCUUCCAGCAAUGCCUCCAAGGCAUCCCUUGCCAGCCUCGAAUCCACAGGUAGCUACCGCAACCCGUGGAACGACAGUGGCAUCAAUCUCGCGGACGACGAACACCACAACAACGGCUGGCCGAUGCCAACUCCGCGUUAUGAAUCCAAGUUUCCUUUUGGUUCCUCUUCAGCGGCGACCGGGGACUCAACUCCCAGGUACGAUCCGCGGGGCUCCGUGGACAGCGGGCGCCCCGGCACUUCUCAUUCUGCAUCUGGAUACCCGGCCCCUAUUGGGCCUCCCCGUUAA